AUGAUGCAGCAGCCGGGAGCUGGAGUCGCACCUCAGAUGGCUGCGUCGGAUCCGCAGUAUCAGCAGCAACAGUGGAUGAUGCAGCAACAGCAACAGCACCAUCCGGUUCCUCCUCCGGCCGGAUGGACUCCUCCACCUGUCCCUCCGCCGACGCAGUACGGUCUUCCCCAGUCCGCUGGUGCGGGUGCGGGGGCUGACGACAUCAAGUCGUUGUGGAUUGGGGAUUUGCAGCCAUGGAUGGACGAGACUUACCUUAUUAGCACCUUUUCUGGCACUGGAGAGGUUGUUUCUGCUAAGGUUAUCCGCAACAAGCAAACAAAUUUGCCUGAGGGAUAUGGCUUUAUAGAGUUUGUCAGUCAUGCAGCAGCCGAGAGGAUCUUGCAGACUUACAACGGGACCCCGAUGCCAAACUGUGAGCAGAGUUUCCGGAUGAAUUGGGCUACCCUAGGUGCUGGUGAGAGGCGUCAGGAUGAUGGUCCGGAAUAUACCAUUUUUGUUGGAGAUUUGGCAGCUGAUGUGAAUGAUUACCUGCUUCAAGAGACAUUUAAGAAUGUGUACUCCUCUGUGAAAGGGGCAAAAGUUGUCACUGAUAGGGCCACUGGACGUUCCAAGGGAUAUGGGUUUGUGAGGUUUGGUGAGGAGGGUGACCAAAUGCGGGCAAUGGUUGAGAUGAACGGCCAAUACUGCUCCAGUAGGCCCAUGCGGAUUGGCCCUGCUGCUUCAAAAAAACCUGUUGGCCAGCAAUUUCAAACUGCUACUUACCAGAAUGCUCAAGGGAGUCAGGGCGAGAAUGAUCCAAAUAACACUACUAUAUUUGUUGGUGCUCUGGAUCCCAGUGUAUCGGAUGAUGUUUUGAGAUCAGUAUUUGGUAAAUAUGGUGAGUUAGUCCAUGUGAAAAUUCCUCCUGGGAAGCGUUGUGGAUUUGUUCAGUUUGCUAAUAGAUCCUCUGCAGAGCAAGCACUACAGAUGUUGAAUGGAACUCAGUUAGCCGGACAGAGUAUCCGACUAUCUUGGGGACGUAGCCCGUCGAACAAGCAGGCUCAACCAGAGCAGAACCAGUGGAACGGCGGUGGUGGAUAUUACGGAUAUGCUCAAGGAUAUGAUGCAGCAGCAGCAGCAGCUUAUGGUUAUGCAGCCACUCCACAAGAUCCUAGCAUGUACUAUGGAGGUUAUCCUGGCUAUGGAAACUACCAGCAGCCUGGAGCUUACCAACAGCCGGGACAGGUUUAUCAGCAGCCACAGCAGGUGUAG